ACAGUCAUCACUUUGACACAUUGCACUUUCAUUCUACACACUCUUCUGCAGACACAGACACCGAACUCUUAACCACCAAACUCUUACUCUCAUAUACAUACAAAACAAAUUCACAAAAUUCUCUCUAUUCUUCUUCUUAUUAUUCUUCUCUUCAUCUCUUCACAACCACAAAGCCAUGAACAACCCAUUCUCCGAGACAACUUGAAUCCAACCCUCAAACAACAUCUCCAACAUGCCAUCCCGACAACUCUCCACCUCAUCAGACACACCGCCACAUCAUCAUCACCACCACUUUUUCAUACCUCUCCUCGCCGUCACCCUCUCAGCCUUCUCCCUCCUCCUUCUCUUCCUCUUCCUCUGCCUCCACCGUACCCUCACCCGCAAACGCGCCGCCCACCCUCCUCCUCCUCCUCCUUCCUCUUCCCCCCCGCACCGCCUCUCCUUCUCCGUCCUCCGCCGCGCCACCAAUUCCUUCUCCUCCCGCCUCGGCCACGGCGGCUUUGGUCCCGUAUUCGCCGGCACCCUCGCCGGUGUCCCCGUCGCCGUCAAGCUCAUGGACUCUGCCUCCUCCCACCAGGGAGAGCGGGAGUUCCACAACGAGCUCUUUUUCGCAUCCAAGCUCCUCUCUCCCCACGUCAUCACCGCCACGCACUUCUCCUCUGACCCCAAACGACGCCGCUUCCUCUUGGUCUACGAGCUCAUGCAAAACGGUAACCUCCAAGACGCGCUUUUGCACCGCAAGUGCCCCGAACUCUCGAACUGGAACACCCGCUUCUCAAUCAUUCUCAACAUAGCAAAAGGAAUUCACUUUCUCCACUCCUGUGACCCCCCUGUUAUCCACGGCGACAUAAAGCCGAGUAACGUUUUGCUUGAUAGGGAUUUCUCUCCCAGAAUUGGCGACUUCGGGUUAGCGAGGCUGAGCUCGGAGCCUCCGAGGUUUGAAAUUGAGGUGCUGGAGUGUGGUAGUGUUAAUAAUGAUGAAGAGAAGCGGAGGGUGAAGGAGGAGGAGGUUGAGGAUUGCGGGUCGGUGGCGAGUACUCACAGUGUUUUUAUGGAAGAAAGUAGCUUGGGGGUGGAGCAAUCUCCUUCGCCAGAGACUGCGGCGAUGAUGGCGAUGACUUCGCCAGAGACGGGUUUGGCGGUGGCAGGGGCGUCGCCGGGGUUUGAGAAGGAGGAUGCGAAGAAGAUGAACGGGAAAGGGUUGAAGAGUAAUUCGGUGAGGGAUUGGUGGUGGAAGCAUGAGAAUGACGUUGGGAGUGGGGAGAGUAAGAAGGUUAAGGAUUAUGUGAUGGAGUGGAUUGGAAGGGAUGUGAAUAAGGAGAGGGUGAAGGGUGGAAUUGACUGUGGGGAUGUGGAGAUGGGAAAGGAGGAGGCCAAGAAGAAGAAGAAGAAGAAGAGAAGGGUGAAGGAAAUGGAAUGGUGGGAGUCAAUGGAAGAGGAGAACUUUGACGGGGUUGUGAAGGGGAAGAGAAAGACCGUGAGGGAUUGGUGGAAAGAUGAGUGUUUUGAGGAGAACGAAAAUAAGGAUAAGAAGAAGAAGAAGAAGAGGAAGGGUGGGGGUGUAAAGAAUGAUAAUAUUGAGAAUGGUGAUGAUUGGUGGGUGAGUGAUGAUGCAUUGGAUAAGAGGAAGGGAAAGAGUAGGAGCAGAAACAACCGUGGGAACAUGGAUUGGUGGAUGGAUGGAUUGAGUGGUGAGUUAUGGAGAGGAAGGAGGAAUAACAGCUUUGAUUCUGCAAGUGGGGAGAUUCCAAAGAGUGGUGGUGUUAGCAGUACUCCUAGUAUGAGGGGAACUGUGUGUUAUGUGGCUCCUGAGUGUGGCUAUGGUGGGGAUGUGACAGAGAAGUCUGAUGUGUAUAGUUUUGGGGUAUUGUUGCUUGUCAUAAUUUCUGGGCGGCGACCACUUCAAGUGAGUGGUUCGCCUUUGUCUGAGUUUCAGAGAGCGAAUCUACUUUCCUGGGCACGCCAUUGUGCACGAAAUGGGAAGCUUUUAGAGUUGGUUGAUGAGUCUCUGCAGUUGUUGGAUAAAGAGCAGGCUCUUCUCUGCAUCAAGGUGGCUUUGCUUUGUCUGCAGAAGUCACCUAUUCGUCGUCCUUCAUUGAAGGAGGUUGUGGGAAUGCUCAGUGGGGUGUUGGAACCACCCCAAUUGCCUGUUGAGUACUCUCCUUCAACCCCUUCUCGCUACCCUUUCAAGUCUAGGAGAAAAGGAAGGUAAUUUUCUCCUUCUCAUAUCAGAUAACACAAUUUCAUUACACGUUAAACCAGUAUACUCGCAGUGGCAGUUUACCCAUGACAGAAAAAAAAAUGUAUAGGGAUUUAGGAACCACUAUGGUCCUAGUUCUUUCAGUUUUCUUUCUUCUGAUACCAUUGUGGAUCAGUAAUGUUUGAUCUUUGUACAUUAGAUUUACAUACUUGAGAUAUUUUUUCAUACUGACUUAUAGGCAUUCCUUGAGUGAUGUUCAUCUUUUGGUAUACCAUGGCCUAUGUUUUCGUUGUGAGGACUGAGGUCAUCUUUGUAGUUUGCAAUGUUGAUUUUGGAAAUGAAAUAGUAACAUAUUUUUUUACUA